GAUAGAUUUAACACUUACAUAUGUAUUAAUUUAUAGUCUACUUUUCCUUAUAACAGUAAUGGGGACAUUGAGAAUUCACUAUGGUGGCAAUUUUUGCAUGAGUAUUAAUGAGAAUCUUAGUGAUGAAUUUUGAGCAUGCAUCACAGUUUAGGGAGGUUAUAACUAAGCACCAAAUCAGAUUGGUAUAAUUGAAGAGAGAAUGAGCUAUAGAGAGAGAAAACUAGAAAGAAACCCAAACUUCAACCUCAUCCCUUUUCGUGCUGGCAAAAGGCCAUAUGGAAGGGACCAAAUCCAACCAGAGCGUCAUUCGGUGAGGGAGAGACCAACCCGUGAAACCCAACUCCACCACAACCCACAGAGAAGUAAGGCGCAGGGACCUGAAAAGGCAAAUCGAGAGCAAUGGUCAAGAAGACAGCGGCAUCCAUCUUACGGUUAUGGCAAGGGAGUCCUAGAAAAAGCUAUCCCAUUCCUCUUCACCAACUUUCCAGAAGAUUGGGAAAUGGGAGAGAUCACCCUUCAAGAUAAAUUUGCAAUGGAAGGAUAUUUCUCAGCUCAGGUUACUCCAAUGGGAGUCAACUUAGUGUUACUAUCAAGUGGGGACGAAGAGGAGCUUAAACACCUUGUGGAUGAAGGACGUGAAUGGCCUGCACAAUGGUUUACAAAUGUAAGACCAUGGACUCCAGAGGAAAUGGCAACUGAGAGAUUUACGUGGCUUAGAUGUCAAGGAGUGCCACUGCACAUAUGGAAGAGAUCAGUGAAGAAGUUGGAGUGGACAACAUAUUUUCACUCUGUUCAGAUUUCUCUUUAUGUAGAAAUGAUGAUUCCAGUACAGAAAGUUGGUUUGAAGGAUCCAACUGGGGGCUCCGGAAUAUUCAUCACCGGAGAGGAGUUUGAAAAUGUUCUAGAGACGUUAGAUUCAACUAAAAACACAAUUAAUGCUGGGCGGCUUCUUUCAAAUCAACAGAGGGGUGAAGGUCUCGAGGAAAAUAUCAUGAUAGAGCAAUGGGGAGUUGAGCCAAGAGGUAACAGGAGUCUAAAACAACAAACAGAUGGAGAGGAUGAAGGAAAGAUAUCUAAUGAAGACACAUACCCUCCGGGUUUUGGUCCAAAAUGGAGGGAAUUGGGCUUUAUUACAAACCUUGGGCCAACGGACUGGACAGAGUGCAGCCAUUUGGUGGAACAACAAAAAGCAAUGGCCCAAAACCAAGAAGUUGACAAAGGAGAAGAGAAGGUUCCAAAUGGAAAAAGUACCCAAAAAGGAGCUUCUGACAAAGGGAACAAAGACUCCACUUGUAGCGCAAAACCAGCAUCAACAGGAAAGGCGGAGAGUAACGAUGACGACUCGAUUGAAAAAGAAAGAAGAACCCAGCCCUUUUGGGAAGGCUUGGCAAGUGACAAUGAAAUCCUGCAAUCAAAGGUUGAGAGAUUAGCCAAACAAAGAAAGAUGGAGAAGAAAAAAUUAAAGCUAAGGAAGGUAACAACAAGGAGGAAGAUACAGCUGAAGCAAAAGUCAGAUCUGAAAGGAAGAAACAAAAAAUGCACAUCAGAAGUAGAGCCUCAAAAAUUCACAAUAGAAGUAGAGUCUCGAUCGAGGGGGGGUGCGAACAGAGCCAAUACUGGAGCAGAUCUCAACUUGAAGGAUGAGGCAGAAGAGCUUUGGAAUAUAGGAAAGCAGCUUGGUCUAGUGGAGAAAAACAAUUCUGCAGAAAUAAUCAAAAAGCUAAGUGAGAUGGAGAAGCAGGACAAAACUACACUAGCAAAGCAAAGAUUGGCAAAUGCAGAGAAAAAAGGAGUACAACCGGUCAACCCAUGAAGAUCUUAUCUUACAAUGUAAGGGGAUUGGGGAAGAGCAAUAAAAGAAGGGAUGUGAA